AUGCCGCGCGCACGCAGAAACCGCGAGUCGAGCCCGCCGCAGGAAGUGAAGGAGGUGGAGGAGCAGCAGGAUGAGAUGGACGUGGAUGGCGCACAUGAGUUGGAGUUCGAUGAGCCUUUGACGUGGCGCGCGGGCAAGCCUAUACCUGUCGCCGACCUCUUGCGCCGCCUGAGGACACUGUACGAAGAGCUGCAGACAAUCCAGCAGGAAGAUGCGCAUCGCAACUCGACGGUACCCAAGGCGCAGGAGCUGUCCAGCCCUCUACUGCUCGGACACAAGGACAGUGGUGUCAAGGCAUGGACAGUGCUAUGUAUCAUUGAGAUGUUCAGGAUAUUGGCACCGGAUGCGCCGUACAAGCCCAGCCAACUCAAGGACAUCUUCAAUUUGUUCGUCUCGACCAUCAUCCCCGCACUGGGCAGCCCGAACGACCCCUACAAUACACAGCAUCUUACGGCACUUGCGUCGCUCGUGACUGUCAAGAGUAUCCUGCUGCUUUGCGACGCACCUGGAGCAGACACCCUGAUCCUCAAUCUGUUCACGAAUUGCUUUGACGUCGUGUCGGGAAACAUACGAGGAGGCGAUGUAGACCAGAUCUCCAAGAAUGUCGAAUACAACAUGACAGGGAUGCUUUGUGCAUUGGUCGACGAGUCACCAACUUUGCCACCGGGCGUCAUCGACAUACUGCUCGCGCAAUUCCUGCGCGCUGACCCAAGUGUGCUGGCGAAGAAGAAGGGCGAUACUCAGACUCCACUUCCACGAGAUGUAUCCCCAGCUUACAACAUGGCACGUUCUGUCUGCAACACCUGCUCUGACAAGAUGGUACGCCAGAUUGGCCAGUACUUCAACGCUGUCCUCAUCGAUGCAACUGAAACAACAUCGACGACCAAGCCUAGCAAGUCGAAAGGCAAGAAGCGGACGCAUGAUGAGAGCGAUGACGAGUCUGACAACGGUCUAAUAACACCACCAUCGGAAUCAGACUUGGGUGAAGUUUCCAAAGCACACAAUCUACUGCGGGAACUGUGGAGGUCAUGUCCAGAAGUGAUUCGCAAUGUCAUACCUCAGAUUGAAGUCGAGCUUGGAGCUGAGAAUCUUCCUUUACGGCUGAUGGCUGUACAAACGAUUGGCGACAUGAUUGCCGGCAUCGGUGCCGCUGGACCACCACCACUCACCCCCCUUGAACCCGCUGCUUACCCACCCCAGAGCCUGGACACAUACGGCCCACCUGACCUGAACAGUGUUCUUCUUACUCCAGCCGCACCCUACUCGUUCUCUUCGGCAUAUCCUUCAGGGUAUCAGGCCUUUUUCGAGCGAUUCCGAGACAAGUCGGCCACGAUCCGAAGUGCCUGGGCUACAGCUGUUGCCCGAAUCAUCCUCACAGGUGGCGGUGGGAAGGGGCUUCAGCAUGACCAAGAGACGACUCUCUUGAAAUGCUUCGCGGAUUCGUUACAGGACCACGACGAGAAGGUCCGCAUUAGCGCGAUUGACGGAAUCUCAGAGUUUGCCUUCCACUCAAUAUCGCAGAAGCUUGGCGGCUUUGGAGGCGUCAAGGUUGAAGGCUCAAUCCUCUUCAUCCUCGUGGAGCGCAUUCGUGACCAGAAACCUGCUGUCAGGACCAGGGCCAUAGAACUGCUGGGCCGUAUUUGGGGUGUAGCCGCGGCAGCCAUUACUGAAGGCAGCGAGCGGAUUAGGGAGCUGUUCGGUGAAAUUCCGUCGAAGAUUCUUGAGGUCAUGUACGUGAACGACAAAGAGCUCAAUGCGCUGCUUCAGCGUGUUAUGUGGGAGUCCCUUCUGCCGAUAUCUUUCCCACCGAGGCCCAAGCCGAGCAAUGGUGACUCUCAACGAAUUGCUGAUAGCCAAGUCUUGGAGGAGAAGUCAUACGACCCUGAUACGCUCCGAGCAGAGCGGAUUCUCACUCUGGUGCGCGACCUCGGGGAAAAGGCGAAGCCCGUCUUCUUCUCCCUGCAGCAAAAGCAACCUGGAAUGGCGAAGUACAUGACUAUGCUGCUUGACAAUGCCGAAAAGCUCAAAGGAGGCAAGGGUGGCGAUAAAGAGGCUAAGGCUCAGGUCGCGAAGCUCACCAAAGCCAUUGGAGCCAUCUUCCCCGAUGCUGCGGAAUCUGCGAAGCAACUCGAAGUCUUCGCUAAUCACUACGAUCGUCGUAAUUUCUCCCUGGCCCGGUUCUGCUUGUCGCCUGAAAGCGAUUACAAGAAGGUCACCAAUGCGAUCAAAGAACUAACCAAGCGACUAGAGCAGCCGCAGGGGGGUGCUCCGGAUUGCCUCCCUACCUUUGUGCCUUUCUUGCGAUCAGCAUCGGUCCUGGUCUAUAACCGCAGUCAUGUUCCAGCUAUCAUGGAGAUCUCACGAACGGACGACAAAGGUCUUGGACAAGCUGCGCAUCAGAUAUUAAAGGAAAUAGCCGCGAGAACACCUGAGGUGUUCAAAGUCCAUAUCCAGGAACUGUGCGAGUCCUUGAAGAAGCAGGCACCCAGUGCUACCACCACGAACGAUCCCAGUGCUGUCGACUCCCUGAAAGCAUGCGCCGGAUUUGCUCGACAUUUCCCGGAAGAGCUUGGCAAGGAGAGAGACUUCUACAAAGCCAUGGUUAACUUUGCCUUGUAUGGAGCACCUCCCAGGGCGGCGAAGCAUGCAGUGACGGUGAUCAUCUCCUCUGCGCAGAAGAAAAACAUGUACAUCAAGGAUAUCACGAAAUGCGUAAAGAACUUCAAACUGGAGCAGAAUGGUGUUCUGGCACAGUUGGCUUCUCUGUCGCAACUGAGGCUGCUGGCCAGCGACGAGACCGAGGAUCUGGACGAUUCGAUUACAGAAAUAGCGACCCAGGUACUGGCAUCGCCCAGUGAUGAUGUAGAGGACUUGGACUCAGGCUGGGCAGACGAACUUGAUGACGGCCUCAGCGCGAAGUUGUGGGCUCUGAAAAUCGUGGUCAACUCCUUGAGAGGGCAUGUGAAAGACCUGGAGACGCACGAGUCGAGCGAGCAGGUCAAGGAACUGUCAUCGCGUGUGUUCAAGCUUCUCAAUACUCUCAUUGAGCGGGAUGGAGAACUCUCCAAGGCAGACAACGCCACGCCAAAACAUUACCGAUCGCACCUGCGUCUGGCCGCAGCAAAGCUCAUCUUGAAGUUGUGCUGCAGCAGAGUUCUGGAGAAACACUUCUCGCCACGAGACUUCAAUCGGUUGACAAAGAUUGUGCAAGACCCGCUAUCGCCGGUACGUGCGGCAUUCAAUGUCACUCUCAAGAAGUACCUCAGCUUGGGCAAGCUGCCCCGACGCUUCUACGGGUUGAUGUUCCUCUACGCCUUCGAGCCGAUCAGGGAUACCAAGGAAAGGACUGUCACGUUCUUGAAAUCGCGAGCAAGCGCAUACGCCAGCGCCGGCGACCAGAACUUUGAGGGUGUGCUUUCUCACUACAUAAGCCUGCUGGCUCACCACCAGGACUUUGCACCUGAUGAUCUGGAAGAUUUUGUGGACUAUACCGUCUUCUACUUGAAGAUUGUAGCGACUGAGAAGAACCUGCCGGUACUGUACAGCGUUGUGCAGAAACUGAAGAGUGUCCAGGAUGGCAUCGACCCCGAUAAGAGUGAGAAUCUGUACAUCCUCUCUGAUCUGAUUGAAGCCGUCAUGCGAUACUUCGCAGAGUUCAAAGGAUGGUCACUACAGAUUCUCCCCGCCAAACCCAAGUUACCAGCUGGAAUUUUCGCAGCCAUGCCAAGUCACGCUAUGGCCCAGGAAAUCUCAGAGAAACAAUUCCUCCCCGAAGAAUUUGUCGACGCCCUCGAGGGGAUGGUGAAGGACAGGAUGCGAACGAAGAAGCGCAGACACGUUGAUGAUGCGUCUAAACCAGCAAAGAAGGCCAGAACAUCGACGGCAAAGACCCCAAAGAUUGAGAAGGCACGCAAACCACCAAAGCAGCCCAAAGUCGCAAAGGCAGGCAAGACACCCAAGAAGCGGGCGGGUGAUGCAGUCCCGUCGUCAGAACGUAGAAAGAGCUCGCGGAAUUCGAAUGCGAAGAGCUACGCGGGCAUGGCUGAUAGCGGGAGUGAAGUCGAGGAGGUCGAGGAGGAGGAGCAGGAGGAAGCAGAGCAGGAGGAACAGGCAUCCGACGUCGACGAAGAGCCCGAGGCGAACAAGGAGAACGAAGAGCUCACAUCGACACCUCUAACAAGUGACCCCGUGCCAGUCCCAGCUGCCACGAAGAAGACGCCCCGGAAUGACAAGACCGCCGCGUCUCGGAAACGUUCAGCUCGUGCGGCAUCCAAGAAGUCACCACCCAAGGCAACGAAGACGAAGACGCUGCCUACUCGCGGGAAGGGGCGCACGCGGAAUGCGAAGAAAGAGAGGGACGUCAUGUCCAUACCGAGUGAUAGCGAUGCGGAGCUGUCUGACGCCCCGAGCGAGCUGGAGGCUUGA